CGGGGCCUCGCCCGGACAUUCAGCUGCUAUAAACUGGAGAUUUAGAAGCGAGUCCUGCAACAAAAGGAACGACAGGCGGAGAAAACCUGCGACCGGAAUCCAAAUAUAACGAUUUAAGACGAUCAUUUACAGUUUCAGGAGUUAGUUUGAAGUUUAUUCGUUGGAGUUGAAGAUGAAAGUUCUCCACCUGAUUCACCUGACGGCGGCGGUCAUCGCUCAGGUCAAUUCCAGCUGCCCUGCGGUGUGCAACUGCCCCGCGGAGCCCCCUGUCUGCCCCCCGGGGGUGAGCCUUGUGCCGGACGGCUGUGCCUGCUGCCUGGUGUGCGCCGCGCAGCUGAACCAAGACUGCAGCCUGACCCGGCCCUGCGACCGCCACAAAGGGCUGGAGUGUAACCACGGCAACGACGUGACGGCGGCGUGGGGCGUCUGUCGAGCCAAAUCCAAUGGCCGCACGUGUGAGUACAACGGCCGUAUCUACCAGAACGGCGAGAGUUUCCGCGCUGGCUGUAAACACCAGUGCACCUGCGUAGAUGGAGCGGUGGGCUGCUCGCCGCUCUGCAGCAAUAAGCUGCCGCCCUCUUCGCCGUCCUGCCCGUACCCCCGACUGGUCCGGGCCCCGGGGCAGUGCUGCUUCAGCGUUGACUGUCGGAAGGACGCCUGGUUUCUACCACCUGAGCACAAGGUGUCCAAACUGUCGCUCCGUCCUCCAAGACGCCGUUCUGACGAGGAGCUGAUCCUGACCAAUCAGCUGCUGGACUCUGGACCCACGAAACACCUGCCAGAGUGGAACGCCCUGCAGGAGACGUCGUGUCUGCUUCAGACCACCGACUGGUCCCAGUGCUCCCGCAGCUGUGGGACGGGGGUCUCCUCUCGCAUCACCAACGACAACGCUCGCUGUGCGCUGGAGAAGGAGACGAGGAUCUGCACGCUGCGCCCGUGUGGCGGCCUGACCGCCCCGGCUAAGAACGGUCGGAGCUGCUCCCCGACCCACAAGGCUCCACGUCCCGUCUUCCUGUCCCACGGCGAGUGCCUGAGCGUGCGCCCCUACCGGCCCAACUACUGCGGCGUCUGCACGGACGGCCGCUGCUGCUCGCCUCGGCGCUCCCGCACCGUGUCCGUGACCUUCGUGUGCCCGGACGGCGAGCGCUUCCAGAGGUCGGCCAUGUUCAUCCAGUCCUGUAAGUGCAGCCGGGACUGUGGUCACCUGAACGAGGUGGCCCUGCCCCCCCAGCGGUGGCUGUACGGAGACACGCACACCUUCACUGAGUAAUCGACGGCAUCUGACGAGUCCUGCCUCCUGAUUGGAGGACGUGGAAGAAAAGCGGACGACCGUCCUGGAGCGACGGAAGAGCGACACGAGUGUGGCCGCCAUCCACCGACUGACUCCUGCUUCAUCUGACGUGGGACCUAAACCCGAACCCUGAAAGAGGGACUUCCUGCUCCCGUUAAAGUCCCUCCCUCUUGAUUUGGUUCAUUUUCAAAACGUUCCCAGCAGUCUUUUUUAGGUAUGCCAUUUUAUUCUACCAAAUGUCGUUCUCUAAGACAUAAUUUCUGCAGAGCGGCUGAACUUCUUUAGAAAUUCACCUCUGAGCUGUGGGUGAGACUUUUGGCACAGAGCAACCCCGCCCCCUUUCCCAUCCCUGCUGUUGAGAGAUCAGAGCGUGUGGCCCCGCCCAGCUUAUUUUCAUCCCUCUUGAUUCACAAAACCUCAGAAAUUGAAUUUUCAUCUUACUUUGAAUACGUCCUCCACCAUCAGAAAAAUGCACGUUAAAAACACGACUUUCGUCGGAGUGGGUCUUGAACCGAUGCUUGGAGGAUUUGGAGACGAUCCUCCAGCCUGAGAGGAGAAUCUCUGCAAACGCAACAGAGCACUUUACUCCCUGAUCUUCUGCAAUCGUAGGAUCUGCUCCUGCAGACUUCACGUCUCAUAAUGUACUGUGAUUACUCCACUCUGACCUGCAAAUGACCUCCAGUCUGCACGAAGCACGAAGACUGCUUUUUACCUGUAAAUGUGCAUUAAUGCAAAUGGUUUUUAAUGUAAAGAAAGGCAGACAAGUACAUUAAAGAAUGCCGGGUGUCUGACUAUUUCCUGUAAAUGUAAAGGUUUUUAAAUCAGUUUGUUUAGUAGCUGCACAUCAAACUGUCAUUUCAUUGAAACUAAUUUUUAUCUGAGAAUUUAUUUUAACUCAACUUUCAGAGUCAAACUUCUUGGCAGGGUGUUUGAUAUGAGGCAGUAUUAGGGCAAACAAAAAAGUAAAAAAAUAAAUUUGAGAGCAAAAUUUUAUGAAUAUUUUGUUUUUAAAUUGUAGUUUGAUGGAAACAAGUCUGGCUUUUAAAAAAAAAUAAAGUUUCUAUUUCGUAGAUAUGAGGCUGCACAUUUGCAAUUGUCUUUGUUGAAACAUUAUAAAGGCUAAAUGUGAUGUUUUAUUUUGAAAAAAAAAACGGACUUCCUUGUACUAUGACAUUUUGAACCAUAAAUUUGCAACUUUA